UGAUAUGGUUUGUAUAAUUUGUAUACCCCGCGUAUAAUAUUUAUGACACUAUUUCAUCGUACAGUCUCACAAUGAAACGAUAAUUUACAACCUACAUGUUUAUAUACUGAUAUGAUAAAGGCACGUUAAAUUGUUUACGUAGUCAUGGUACACUCGAUCGUUUAUGACUGACAUACAAGCCUAUUUGCUACGAUAUAUCGCUCUAGGAUAAAGUGGCUUAAGGAACAAGAAAGAUUCGGAGAAAUAUUUUGCCCUCAGCAAAUGUAAAUAAGAUCAUCGUCGAUGGAUCAAGGAUCAGGAGUGCAAAAUCUGGUAACAGAUAGAGAAAAAGAAUAUCUGGCUAAACUGUGUUGGUUGCUUCACGAUGCUGGGACUUAUGCCUUGAGAAGUACUUUCAACAGUAUCCACCCUGCCAUAUCAUUGAAAGAUCACCUCGCACAAGUCCAUAUACAGUCCGUUCUUGCAAAACUUUAUCAACAAAAAGCCAUCUCAGAGAAGCAGUGGAAAGUAUUAUAUCCCCCAGGUAAAGGCGCCGUCAGCUCGCAGUAUUAUGAUUCCAGACUUUUGGUGAUAUUGCUUCAAACCAUCUGUCAUUUGAGUCCCCCGUAUCCUAAUGGUUGGGCCACAGUACCAUUAGCUAUGGACACCAGUCUCAGUGCCGAUGUGGUGCGUCUUCAGAUUUUUCUACAACAAAUCGGAUCUCUUGUUGGUGUUCGACAUGAAGAGUAUCCAGUCCUGUGGAGACAGGUAGUUGGGGUUCUUCUUCGCCAUGGUGGAGCAACUGUUCGGAGUAAAAUUCACCGCACUGACACCGAACAACUGUCACUAGAGCAACAGAAUUAUUAUAUUCACCAAGUAAAAGAAAUAUGGGGAACUAUUGAAUCGGAUGUGGGAGCGAUGAGACAUCUUAAUGGACCUAGAGCAUUGAACAAGCCUUCUAAAGGUUCUAGGAAUAAAAAGUCAACCGAAGAACACGAAGGUUUGAGCUUAGAAGAUAAAGUCGUUCUUGCAAAAAUGUUUAAACUUCUCGUGGACAAUGUGGUGGCAGAAGAUAUUAUUGAUAGACUUCAACAAGGGCAAAUUAUCAAAAUAACAGACCGCCAGGAAAUAAUGGCUCUCUCCCGAAACUCCGACAGAAUGCAAUACAUAUUAGCAAAGAUACAGAACUCUAAGUUACCAUAUGCCUUAAAGUUGCUCUGUGAUGCUCUUAAGUUUAAAUAUACGAAAAUAUAUGAUGAAGUGACAGAGCUGAGAAGAAUUACUUACAAGCAUGGAGUUAAAGAAACUAAAGAUAUGAUUGGACUGUGUAACACAGCAUUAAAAGCCCAUUAUAAUAAUGUGUUGACUAAAUGUUGCCCCCUACCAUGGAUUGAGAACAUCAAACUACCUAUCAAUGAAUAUUACACUAAACUUGAUAUAUUGAACAGCGACGGGCACAAAGUUCGAUUAGCGGAUAUUUUACCCGAGAGAGUUUCUGGGAGAGCAGGGAAAAGGGUGAUAUUGGAAGGAGAGGCGGGUAGUGGUAAAUCAAUGUUAGCAUCUAUGCUGGCUUACAAAUGGGCUUCUAAACCAGCUUUCUUUUCGCAGUAUUAUCGCUUUCUUAUUUUGGUUGACGCUCAAGGCUGCUCUGGGGAUUUCCGUGAGUAUGUCUACCACCAGACUAUGCCUAACCACAGCAAAGUUACAUGCGAUGAGUUUUGGGUGACUUUAGAAGAACAUGCAAAAGAUGCUGUAUUUUUAAUUGAUGGGUUUACCGGAGGUAGUUCUGAACUAACUCGGAUCAUGGAUGGUACCAUUUGUAGAGACAGCUCCGUUAUUGUUCUAGUCAAUCCAAAUACUUCUAUGAGUCGGUUCUUUAAACCGGAUUACAAACUAUUCAAUGUGGGGUUAAGUGCCAAAAGCGUUUCACGAUGUUUGUUGGGAUAUGCGGGCAUAGUUCACAUUGGAGCUGAUGAUUACGAAUCAUUGUUAGAAGAUUUAGAAUCGUGGCGUCUUGGAAUGCAAAUGUGUAACCCCUUUAUUUGCAUGGCUAUCAUAAUCUCGUACAAAUACGCAAAUCUUGAAAUUAAAAAAGUAGAGAACUUGACUACAUUAUUUGAACUCUAUGUCAAAGGUUUGGUGGUGCAGUUUUGUAAAAGGCAACACGUCGUUCUGGAAAAGGGCGAGUAUCCUCAAGAAGUAGGUGAUAUUGUUCAUCUCACUGAAGAACUAUGUUUUAACAUGUUGACAUCAAAGAAGGCAUAUUUAACAGAAGGCGAAUUGGUAGGUCAUACACAGAAUAUAAACAUUAUGAAAUUGGGCAUUUUUCAAAAAUCUGUAAUUAGUGGUCUUAUCAAAGGCCAUUGUUCUUCAAUUUGUAGUUAUAUGGCGGCAAGAUACCUUGCUGAUAUGUUACUAGAUGACUUACAUGAUACAUUGGACCAGCGAAAUCUUCUUAAAUACACCAAGUAUAGCGAUAUGGUUUCUUUUCUAAAUGGAAUCUACGCUACUGAUCCGAUAACAACAACAUUAGAAACCAUUAUUACGGAAAUGAUGCGAGUAUCUAAUCGACACUGUAGAGUCGUAUCGAUAGAAGAUUCUUCUGAAGUUAAAGAACAAAUCUAUAGCAGUAACCUAGUGACUUUCAGUCAGAGUCUCCAUAGUCUUUCCGAAUGCAACAAUUCGUAUAUAACUCGAUUGGUGGCUGAAUCUUUUCCAAAAUCACUCACGCUUCACAAAAGAGGAUUGUAUCCAAUUAACUGUUUACGGGGUCUCGCAAGAAUUCUUGAAAGCGGGCAUUGUCAUUUAGUAAAUUUUGAUAUGGCUAUGCAUCCGUUUUACUUAGGUCAACAAAGCACCUACCUGGAACUGGCUUCAGCAUUAUCCAGUUGUACCACACUAAAAAUAAUCAAAGCUACCUGGACUAGACUAGAUAUGGUGGCACGUUUUCUAGCUAUCGCAACACAAAACAAACCGCAGCUUGAUUUGGUGCACAUUGAUUUUCAUGGAAAACCCGUUUCUGAAGAAAUAUCAGCAGUUACUUGGGAUGAUUUGCAAACUUUUUGUGAAAAUCUUUCUAACACAACAAAGUUUGUAUUUAGGCGUUGUACUAUAGCUUCAAUCGCUGGCCAUGUUAUUAAUUGUCUUCCAAAAUCCAUUCAAGUGCUUGACUUUUCUCACACUACAUUAAAUCUCAUUAGUGCAACUGAUCUAGCCUCUUAUCUCGAACAUUCUCUCUCUCUCAAAUCUCUUAACCUGACCGAAACAGGACUAGAAGGAUCAGCUAUCGUUGCAUUAGCUCAUGGAUUGAAAUUAAGCAGCUCCAUCGAGACACUUCGACUUUGUGGGAUACAGUUUGAUAGGCCUGGGAUCUUUGCCCUUGGACAAUCACUGCGUUUGGUGACAACAUUAAAGAGGUUAGAUAUUGGUGGAUGUGAUCUCUCUACAAAUAUGUGUGCUAUUCUAUCUUCGGCUUUGGAAGAAAAUCAUAGUAUGAAAACCUUAGUGGUGUCCACUUCACAAGUAACUGAAGAAGGUAAACUUAUGAUGCAUGAGGGUGGAACUGGUGAUUUAUCUGUGGUUAUAAGUGACUAUAAAGCAGACGCAAUUUCUGUUUAAUACCAUUCAAAGUAAUGGCCGCCUCAAUAAACAAACUAAUGAUUUAUUUACUUCAUACCAUAUUAAUGUUUUCUCAAAUCGUGAUUUAGUGUUCUUGCCCAUCUUAGUUUAACAUAGUCCCAAGCAAGCAAACAAAACGUUUCGCGUAAAAGAGCCGACAGUGGGAUUGCUUCCCCGGAACUCCAAACUGCACGUAUAUUAAACUCUUACGAUUAAACAUUAUUAUAAAUAAGUAGUGAGGCUUUACGUAGGCUGAGACUUUUGCCCAAUCCCUAUUUAAUAUUAUCUUUUCGCCACUCCCUAUUUUGAAUAAAAACACCGAAAAAAAUGCUGGUAAAAAGACUUAAAAUAGCUAAGUUGUUACGAGAUGAAAUUGCAAAUAGUGGUCACCCGUCAAAUGUUAUUUAAUCACUUCAAAUACUAAAUUAAUUAGAUAAUCAACGUCCGCCCAUGCCAAAUAAUAAUUAAUCAAUACCAAUUUAUCAAAUUUGAUCUGUGAUAUUAUUAUGUUUAUUAAUCAUAAUAUGUAGCAUUAACAUAGUUAUAUUUGAAAAUAAAUAAUUUAAUAAAGA